AUGGCUGAUGUCUUUCCUCAGGGCUCAGGCACUAGUAGACUAUCCUACUAUCUACGGGGUACUACGGAUAACUACUACGCUACACCACUUCUCCACCAUCACCAUCACCACAUCUCAUCUCAUCUCACAUCCCAAUUCAACUCCGCUCCCCCUCCCCCUCCCCCUCAUCCCCAUCCUUCCCUCUCACCUCACCUCAAUGGCCUCCUCCAUCCUCGACACCCCCACCCCCCCUCCCUCCACCCCUUCCUCUCCUCCGCCGUCCUCCGCCCCUCCUCCACCAUCCCGACUACCUCCCAUCCGCACCUACUCGCGCAUCCCCAAGCCUUCCACCGGGGAGGACGGCUACUUCGCCAACUCGCUCGCCACCGCCUCUACCAUCCCACACGUCCUCACCUUGCGACGCCAUGCUCAUCUCCUAUCCCCUCUGCCCGCCCACCCCCCUGUCUGGCCCGCCCCACCGACUCCCCGACCCCGAUCCACGCGCCCGACCUGAUCCUGAUACUCCAGCUCGCCACCCCGGGUAUUUCAGGCCAUCCCUCCACCGUGCAUGGCGGCGUGAUUGCCACCGCGCUGGAUGAAGCCAUGUCUUAUGCCGUGGCACUAUAUGCGCCGGAGACCGGGCCCAGGUUGACGAACGCUGACCCGGACGACAUCCCGCCCACCACCACCCGAGGGAAGUUGUAUACCGCCCAGUUGGACAUUCGCUACAAGAGUCCCGCCAAUGUCCCGGGGUAUCUGGUCAUCCGCGUCAAGGUCCUCGCUCGCGUCGGUCGCAAGUUCUGGGUGCGCGCCCAGGCGUUCCAGCCCGAAGAGGAGGGUCCUGGGAGGGAAGGCCGGAUGCGCCUCACCACCGAUGCGAUUGCAUUUUGGAUGCAGACGGGACCUUCACUCUGAUCUAAUACCCUUGACUCUCUUUCAAUCCCCCCCUCUCUCUAUCUCUAUUUGCAUAUA